CUCCCAGCGCGGUGCGCCCGACRCCAACGAMUCAGACGUCGACCUUCAUGUGCGCCACGCUCUCGCUCAGCAGGGGGGAGAACUCCGACAACCGRACCCCGGAGCUCCGGUUCCGCUGGCUGGCGGACAGCGACUGGCUCGCGUUCGCCGCGGCCACCUCUUCCGCCAGGAUCUCCUCCGGGGUGACCUCCGGGUGGAGGCACCACCAGAAUCCAAAGGGGGAGACCAAAAAGUUGCUCGCCGCUUUCCCGUCGAUGCCCUCGCCCUGUAGCGCGAGCUCGAGGCCCUCGUCCAGCCAGCUCAGGAGCACCAGCAGCACGGCCAAACCGCAAAGCACCCCCAUCAAACCCAGGUCGCUCUGCACCAGCGUCUGGAUGUAUCCACCCCGUCCGUAGAUUAUUGCAAUGGUGAUGCCCACCACCGCGAUGGUUGCCAAUGUCUGUAGAACGUAUGCUCCAACGAACAAGGCUCGGUCUUUGGGCUCUAUCGGAACGCGUUUUAUGUGCAUCGAUUUCGUGAACAUCAAAGAUAAUAGAACGGCUGCACGCACGCAACACAGAAAAAAAAAACCGUAACAUACAUCGAGGUUAGAUUGGCGUUCGGCACAAAACAUUGUUCGGUGCGAAAACAAGGACGGCACGCGGCAGCACGUACCAGCAAAGCCGGCACACACCAUGGCCUUGUCGUUUCCCGGGAGCGCGGCGGUGGCCGCGAGAUAGUGGUGCGUGAGCAGAUUCAAACCACUCCCCAGGAUCGUUGUGGAGAACAGGAGGGCGAACUGGCCGACGCUAAAAAACGCGGCAGCGGUGCGAUUGACCAACAUCGCGUGGUCCGACGCGAGGGUAUUGGCAUCGUCGCAGUACAGCAGUUUGAUGCAAAAGAGCAAGAGGCAGGUGCUCCCAAUGAACGCAUACUGUUGCCAAUCGGGAUUGUCGAACUCGAAAAAGUCUGUGGCAACCACUACAACGCUUUGCAGCAUGAACCCGAGCAGAAGGAUGAACAGGACUCCCCGUUGAGAAUUUGCAGCUUUGGGAGUCAUUGUGGUUAUUUCAAAUGCAAAGAGGCAACGGUCGGUCAGUAAAACAAAUAUUUAGGUCGACCGAAAAGCACGUAAAAUAAACACAAAGAACAAUAGAACUACCACGUGUGGAUACGCACCGUAAAAAUCGUUCGAUAGGAUCAACCGGGGAACCCUCAACGCCAUUACGACACCCACCAAAAAGACCACCCAGCGAUACGACGGAGACACUACGAAGAUACCAAGAAUCCACGUGGUGGCUUCGGUAAAGUUCAUAAUGACGUUGAAUAUGGCGUACUGUUUGACGUUGUACUCGACGGAAUUGUCUCGCUGGGCGUCCAUGUACCACCACAACACGCGGACCAUCAAGCAGAAAUGCGUCGAGGUGCAAAACGCGGCCAUCAUCAUGAUGCGGACGCCGCCCUCGGAAUCCAUGGGAAGCGACACGCUCAGGCUCGCAAACAAGACGGCGAAACACGUCAGGAGCGUCUUSAGCUGCGCCGACAGGUCGGUGGUAUCGAACCGGGUGGCGUAGGACGUCUCCUUCUCCCAGAUGGUCCAAAAGACGGCAAAAUACAGGAGGUGUUCCAGUGUCACUCCCCUGUCGCUGGUGAUGACCAACCCAACGCGCGUAAACGCCGUCACGAUGACGAGGUUCAGGAACAUGUCGCUCAGAGAAAUCGCGUCCCGCUGUCUCGUCCGCUGCGUGUCGGUCACGUUGCGCUGGAUCUCGGGCAGGACCUGCGGSGCACGCCACAGCCCACCCU